AUGACAUCUAUCGACAUCCACCGCUGUCGGUUUGUGCCGUAUCAGCCAUCCGCGAUCAAUGCUGUUGCAUUUUCCCAUCCGAAAACUAGAGACAGCAAACGUGCUGCCAUCGCUCGACUCGCAGUUGGCAGAGCCAAUGGCGACAUUGAAAUCUGGAAUGCUGCCGCCGGGAUCUGGCACCAGGAGCUUGUUAUCCGAGGCGGCAAGGAUCGCAGCAUCGAUGGUCUUGUCUGGGUCAAUGAUCCGGACCAGGAUCUCGGCGAGGGACGCAUCUUAAUCGGCAAGUCUCGAUUGUUCAGCAUCGGCUACACCUCGACCGUUACCGAAUGGGACCUCGAGACGGGAAAGCCCAAACAACAUGCCAGUGGCCAGCAUGGUGAUAUCUGGUGCAUUGCAGCCCAGCCCUCGCAGCUCGACGACCGAACAACAUCCGUCAGCGACUCGCAGAGCUCCAACAAGCUCGUCGCCGGCACCAUCGAUGGUGAGCUGGUCAUGUACUCACUUGAGGAUGGUGAUCUUCGCUUUCAAAGAGUUCUCGUCAAGUCGCCCACAAAAAAGGCCAAGAUGGUCAGCAUCACCUUCCAGUCCCGCAAAGUCGUUAUUGUCGGCUGCUCCGACAGCACUAUACGAGCUUACAAUAUCGCCAAAGGCCACAUGCUGCGCCGCAUGACACUUGGAUCCGACCUCGUGGGCGGCUCAAAAGAUGUCAUUGUAUGGUCUGUCAAAUGCUUACCCAACGGCAACAUUGUCUCUGGCGACUCCACUGGCCAAGUUUGCAUCUGGGACGGCAAAACCUACACCCAGACGCAAAGGCUGCAGACUCAUAAGCAAGAUGUCCUUAGUCUUGCUAUUAGUUCAGACGGCAGCACGAUUAUUAGCGGUGGCAUGGAUAGAAGAACUGUGCUCUACAAGCAGAACUCCGGGGCUGGUCAGCGCUGGGGCAAAGUUUGGGGUCGCAGAUUCCACGAACAUGACGUUAAGGCUAUGGCUACAUUCGAGCACGCUCGCACAAGUGUUGUUGUUUCUGGAGGGCCCGAUUCAAAUCUCGUCGUUGUUCCACUCAAGGAGAUGGGCCGUGAACAUCACAGAAUUGUCAGUGGUCUUCCCCAACAGCCGCCUCUUGUCAGUGCCAGCAAAGCUCGCUUCAUGGUGAGUUGGUGGGAUCGUGAGAUUCACUUGUGGCUGCUGCAGCAUCCUGCUUCCGACCUCGUCAAGCUCAAUGGUGACAGCGAUCUCGAUGUUGACCAAAAUCGAAAACUACUCAAAACAAUCGUCGUCAAGGGAGACUCCAACAUCUCCUCGGCUAGUAUCAACGCCGACGGCACCUUACUCAUUGCUUCGACGUCCACAGAUGUCAAAGCCUUUGCACUGGAACAUUCCAACCCCACAAAACCCGCUGAUGUUACCCUUUCCUCUAUCGAACUGCCCAAACAGAUUACCAAGCUCGGUGCCAGCAAGGUGCAAAUAUCGCCAGAUGGAUCCUGGCUUUGUUUCGUGCAGGACGGUUCCAGCGUCGUCAUCGCCAGCAUUUCAUCCGAGUCUAAUAGCCACACGAUUUCUUCCUCGCGUCAUCUUCGCCGACUACACCGCUCAGUCCCCAAGUAUAUCCUAAACGGUGGCUUAGGCUCCUAUGAAAGAAACGUUACCCACAUUGCUUUCAGCCCAGAUUCUAAGCUUAUUGCAGCUGCUGACCUGGCUGGAUACAUUGAUACUUGGGUGCUGCACGCUGCGGGACAUGACACAGUCAAUGGUCAUGCGAAUGGAGAGGAAGCCGACGACGCGUCAGCCUCUGACUCUGAUUCAUCAGAUGAUGAUGCCGAAAAUACCGGUUCCAGUGAAGUCGGGCGAUGGGUUCGCAAUCCUAACGCCAAGCUAAUACCCAAGCUACCUGCAACCCCAUCCGUCCUCGCAUUCUCGGAUAAUAUCCCUGGGCAGGAAGGAACGGAGGACUAUACUCUGGCAGCAGUGACAUCGUCGUGGAAUGUCCUCACAUUUAAUGUCCUACAAGGAUCUUUGACCCAAUGGUCCCGCCGCAAUCCCCGUAUGACUCUUCCUGGCCCCGUUCAAGAUUUGUUAGACUUGGCCAAAGGUACUUUCUGGCAAGGGUCUAGGCUUUGGGUUUACGGUGUCUCUUUUCUGUUCAUGCUUGACAUGAGCCAGGACCUGCCGGUUCCAGGCAAGGAUACGAGUAACCAGCUCAUCCAACAAGGUACAAAGCGCAAGCGAACAAACAUUACCAGCGGCGCUGGUAGUCGGAUGGAGAACGAGGGUUUGAAGCCGCACCAGAUACACAAACAUGCAGCCAAUAAGUGGGAGGAUGUUGAUGUCGACGGCCCUAGCCCUAGCGGCGAAUUGGACAACGAAAGCGACGACGACAUGAUCGAUGCUGCAGACAACGAGCUUACGCAACUUCGCAGCGCCACGGCCGGCGGCGAAGUCAAAUCAGCAGGCGCAGAAAAUGAAAAUGGCCGGAAGCAGUGGUGGAUUACAUACAAAUAUCGUCCUGUACUGGGUGUUGUUUCUUUCGGUGGCCAAGAGGACUCGCUGGAGGUGGCCCUGGUUGAGCGCCCAACUUGGGAGAUAGAAAUGCAAGAUAGCUACUAUGCGGGCGCAGAGUGGGAGCGAAGAUAG